AUGGUGAGAGUUUAUGGGAAAUAUGUCAAGUACAAAAAUAUAAAGAGAAAACUGAGUAUAGAAGAACUCGAAGAUAGCCAAGGGAUUUUUAGCGAUAAUGAAGAUGAUAAUGAUAAUUACAAAGAAUUCAAACAUGGAAAUGAUCUUGGUGGACACCUAAAGAUGGAUGAAGGUACUACUGUUCUCUGUAAAAAUAUAGAUGACCAAACAGAAAGGUGUGCUGAACAAAGAAAACCUCAAGUUUCUGAUAUGAAAUCUCCGAGUACUACCUUAAAUGAAGAUCCUUUGAACGGGAUGUUAGAUUUUUUAAACAAUGAAUAUGCAAUAAGCCCACGAAGAAAAAAGAAACCAAAAUUAAUUUCUAGUAAUAAUAAUAGGGAUUCAUACUCAGAAAUCAACAACACUUUAUCCACUACAACCACCCCUGAAAUAGGCGGAGUUGCAUUUAACAAUUUGCAAGAAAAAAUAGAUGGAGUUUCUACUUAUAUAACAAAAAUCGAUUCAGAAUUUGCGAAUAGCCUUAUUGCCCAGACUUCAAAUAUAAAAGAAACCCCACCCGAAGACAAAGCAAAUACUUUUACGGCAGCUGUAGUGGUGGACGAUAAACAAAAAAAAAAUUUUUAUGGACCAAAAAGAUCGCAUUUAAUCAAACUCUCAAAUGAUAAUGAAGAUAGUGAUGAGACUAAUUCGGUUGCCUCUUAUGAUUGUAUUAAUACUGAUGACGAACUCCCAUCCACACAGGAUUUCAAUCAGCUAAUAAAUAUGGGAACCGAUUUGCAAUUUAAUGAUGAUAUAAAUUUUAUUUUGGAAAAACAAUGUGAGUUUCAUGAAAAAAUGAUAUCAUUAAUUUUAGCUAUUGCAAACUCUCCUUAUCUAAAAAAAUAUAUUAUAAGAUACAAGUAUAAAGAUAUUUUGGGUUGGUGUUUCAAAAAUAGGGAUAAAAAGUUUUUAUUUCUACAAGUUUUAUUGGCUUUUUUGAUUGGUUUGCAAGCUUCACCAAAUGAUACUUUUUGGGACUCGGCAUUUGGUGUGGAAGAUUAUUAUUAUUUGUUGGGAAACAAAAUUAAUAAUAUAGAAGAAUAUUUUGUCCAUGAAAAGCUCGAGUUAUCCAAAUAUGGUGGACUAGAUUUUGCUGAUUUGUUAAACACUUUAAGGACAGAUGAAACUGACAUAAAAUAUUUAAUUUUAAAAGUUUUAAAUGUGACUAGACCAGAAAAUAUUGUCAAUAAUCUUAAAAUUCAAAAUGCACUAGCAAAUAUUUUUAUGGUUAACAGUGAUAAAGAUAAAUACACAGAAAUGAUUUUUCCACUUUUAGACCCGAAAUACUAUUCGUUAUUUUUACAAUAUUUAGUGGAUAAUUUUAACAAAUACAAGGAAAAUGAACAAUAUUUGAAAUUGUUGGUUAAAGUGUCGAAUGAAUGUAACAACUUUGAAAUCGUUAGAUUAACUAAGCUUUCUUUACAAUAUAUUUGCGAACAAGGUUGUAACAUACAUGAAGAUAAAAUGGAUUUAGUCAUUUUGCAUUUGGGCAUAUGUCUAAACAUUUUAAGUGGUACUGGUAAACGUAUCCAAGUUGAGGAUAUAGAUAUUAAAAGUAUUUUAAAGUUAUUUGACAGCCAAAUAUUCAAACAAAUGGAUAGACAAGAUUCUAAUUUUUUCAUUGAGAAUUUAUUUAUAUUAGUAUUCUCUUAUAUCGUACUAUUGUGUGAAAUUCAACUUGAAGUUACCAAAAUUGAUUUCAUCAAAGAACAAUUGAGAAUUUUCGCAAGUACAGAUAUAGGGAUGCAAAACCAAUCAAUUGAACAUCAUAUUCAACAUAUUUUAGAGGUACUAUAA